AUGCUUGCAUACGAAACAUCUGGCCAACCUCAUUUAUCGAAACAAUCAAUAACUGAUAUGAAUCCUAGUCAAUUAUCACCAUUGACACCUGAAGUUAUUAGUCGACAAGCAACAAUUAAUAUUGGUACAAUUGGUCAUGUCGCACAUGGUAAAUCAACAGUUGUUAAAUCUUUAUCUGGUGUAUUAACAGUUCGAUUUAAAAAUGAAAAAGAACGUAAUAUUACAAUUAAAUUAGGUUAUGCUAAUGCUAAGAUUUUUGAAUGUGACAAUGAAAAAUGUCCACGACCAGAACGUUUUCGUUCAGCUGGUUCAAGUAAAGAAGAUGUCUUUCCAUGUGAUCGACCUGGAUGUGGUGGUCAAUUUCGUCUUGUUCGACAUGUAUCUUUUGUUGAUUGUCCUGGUCACGAUAUUCUGAUGGCAACUAUGUUAAACGGUGCCGCUGUUAUGGAUGCUGCUCUUUUACUUAUUGCUGCAAAUGAAACUUGUCCACAACCACAAACAUCUGAACAUUUAGCAGCUAUUGGUAUAAUGAAAUUAAAUUCAAUAUUGGUAUUACAAAAUAAAAUUGAUCUUGUUAAAGAAGUUCAAGCAAAAGAACAAUAUCAACAAAUUAUUGAUUUUGUUAAAGGCACAAAUGCUGAAGGUGCCCCAAUUAUUCCAAUUAGUGCACAACUUAAAUAUAAUAUUGAAGUUAUUUGCGAAUAUAUUACAAGAAAAAUUCCUGUACCAUUACGUGAUUUUACAUCAAAACCAAGAUUAAUUGUUAUUCGUUCGUUCGAUGUUAAUAAGCCCGGUGCCGAAGUUGAUGAUUUGAAAGGUGGAGUAGCUGGUGGUAGUAUUUUGAAAGGUGUUCUUAAAGUUGGUCAAGAAAUUGAAGUUCGACCUGGUAUUGUAUCAAAAGAUAAUGAAGGUCGUCUUCAAUGUCGUCCACUUCUUUCAAAAAUUGUAUCACUCUAUGCUGAACAGAACGAUCUUGCUUAUGCUGUACCGGGUGGACUUAUUGGUGUUGGAACAAAAAUUGAUCCAACUUUAUGUCGUGCCGAUCGUCUUGUUGGUCAAGUGCUUGGUGAAGUUGGUGCAUUACCAGAAAUUUAUACUGAAAUUCAAAUAACUUAUUUUCUUCUUCGACGUCUUGUUGGUGUACGAACUGAAGGCGAUAAAAAAGGUGCUAAGGUUGCUAAAUUAACUAAAAAUGAAAUGUUAAUGGUUAAUAUCGGAUCAUUAAGUACUGGUGGUCGUGUCUUAGCUAUAAAAGAUGAUUUAGCUAAAAUACAAUUAACUAAUCCAGUGUGUACUGAAGUAUCUGAAAAGAUUGCUUUAAGUCGUCGUGUUGAUAAGAACUUUCGUUUAAUUGGUUGGGGUGAAAUACGACGUGGAACAGUGAUUAAACCACAAGUAGAAAUACCAACAACACGAACGAUUAUUCACAAUUAA